AUGGUGACUUCGUGGGGAAAGGCAGGUCUACUGCUUGGUCUUGCGUUUAGCAACGUUGCUGCUACCGAGGAUGUGAUCACGAGUGACACCUACUUCUACGGCGACUCGCCUGCUGUUUAUCCAACCCCCGAGGGAACUGGUGCUGGGGACUGGGCCUCUGCCUAUAAGAAGGCCAAGGCUUUUGUCGGCAAACUCUCUGAUGAUGAGAAGGUUAACCUGACCGCCGGUAUCUCUUCCAAGACUGGCUGCUCUGGAUACAUCCAAUCUAUCGACCGCCUGGGGUUCCCAGGUAUCUGUGUUAGUGAUGCUGGCAACGGUCUGAGAGGAACCGACUAUGUCAACGGUUGGGCGUCUGGAAUCUCUGUCGGAGCUAGUUGGAACCGUGAUCUUGCCAAUGAUCGGGGUACUUACAUGGGUAAGGAAUACCGCAAAAAGGGUGUGAACAUGAUUCUUGGCCCCGUUGUCGGUCCUCUCGGCCGCGUGGCACUCGGUGGUCGUAAUUGGGAAGGGUUCUCUACAGACCCUUACUUGAGCGGAAUUCUGGUUUCCGAAUCAGUCAAGGGUCUUCAAUCACAGAACGUUGCUACUUCUCUCAAGCACUUCAUCGGCAACGAACAAGAAACAAACCGCAACCCGACCACGGACUCGAAAGGUAAUACUGUUCAGUCAGUAUCUUCCAACAUCGACGACAAGACCAUUCACGAGCUCUACUUGUGGCCUUUCCAGGAUGCUAUCCUUGCCGGUGCUACCAAUAUCAUGUGCUCGUAUAACCGUCUGAACAACUCCUAUGCAUGCCAGAACAGCAAGGCGCUCAACGGCUUGUUGAAGACUGAGCUGGGCUUCCAAGGUUACGUUGUCACUGAUUGGGGCGCUCAACAUGCUGGAAUUGCCGGCGCCAAUGCUGGACUGGACGUCGUUAUGCCCAGGUCUACUACCUGGAACAGCAAUUUGACUACUGCUAUUGCAAAUGGUACCAUGAAGGCCUCCCGCUUGGAUGAUAUGAUUACAAGAGUUAUGGCAACUUGGUAUUAUCUGGGCCAGGACACUGUCUUCACUAACCCCGGCGUUGGAAUGCCCAGUAGCGCAAGUGCAGCCCAUCAAGCUGUCAUCGCCACCUCGCAAGAGGCAAAGCCAGUUCUUCUCCAAGCCGCCAUCGAGGGCCACGUUCUGGUGAAGAACACUAACAAGGCGCUUCCACUCAAGUCCCCAAAGCUGAUCUCCGUAUUCGGAUACGACGCCUAUGGCCCGAUGACUCUCGAUCUUGUUUCCAGUUUCAACUUUGGAUCAACCGCGACGAGAUCAGAUCUCUACAAAAAUGGAACUCAGUGGGUCGGUGGUGGUUCCGGUGCCAACUCGCCUGCCUAUGUGGAUGCUCCUAUUGAUGCCAUUCAACGCCGUGCUUAUGAGGAUGGCUCAUCUGUUCUCUGGGACUUCACCUCUGUGAACCCUUCUGUGGACUACACCUCGGAUGUAUGCUUGGUCUUCAUCAACGCUUACGCCACCGAGGGCUUUGACCGCGAAGCUCUCUCUGAUUCCCAGAGUGACUCUAUUGUGACCAACGUCGCCAAAAACUGUGCUAACACCAUUGUGGUUGUUCACAACGCUGGUAUCCGUACCGUCGAGUCCUGGGCUGACCACACCAACGUCACUGGCAUCAUCUAUGCCCACCUCCCUGGCCAGGACACCGGUCGUGCCUUAUUGGAGAUCCUCUACGGAGACUCUAACCCCUCGGGCAGACUCCCUUACACUGUCGCUAAGAACGGGUCUAAUUAUGGCUCCCUGCUUGAGCCGGCUGAGCCGGAAGGAAAGUUCCAGUACUUCCCUCAAUCAGACUUCGCCGAGGGUGUUUACAUCGAUUACCGCGCCUUUGAUAAGGACGGAAUCGAGCCUCAAUACGCCUUCGGAUACGGUCUUUCAUACACCACUUUCGACUACUCCAACUUGAAGGUGUCAAAGAAGCUUGCCUCACCCUCUACCUACCCGGCUGAGGCAGCGAUUCUUCCCGGUGGAAACCCCCGCCUCUUCGAUGAGUUGGUGACUGUGACGGCUACUGUCAAGAACACUGGGGGCGUCGAUGGCAAGGAGGUUGCCCAGCUUUAUGUCGGUAUUCCCAAUGGUCCUGUUCGCCAGCUUCGCGGCUUUGAUAAGGUUUUGAUCAAGCCUGGCAAGUCGGCCACUGUCACCUUCCGCUUGACCCGGCGUGACCUAAGCACCUGGGACACCAUUGCGCAGGAGUGGCUGCUCCAGCGGGGAACUUACAAGAUUUACGUUGGUCGUAACAGCAGAGACCUGCCUCUUCAGGCCACUUUGACCUUCUAA